AUGGGUGAUCAUCGAGAGCGAACAGCUGAGGAACUCGUCCGCGGGUGUCGACCAGUCACCUCAGCUCGUCCGCCAUUAUCAAUUACCAGGCGUGGCAGCAGUAUUGUCAGCAGCACUGAGCAUACUCCACUCAGCAGAGAUUUCGUCUACACCCUCCAUCACAAUUUCAAAUCAUGUCUUCUCUACGGCAAAAACAAUGUCGGUGUUGCUAAUGGAGAUGCGCCAGCUGUUAAAGGUUUGUUCGUUUUAUGUGCGUGUCUUAAUUCCAUCGUUUUGUCUUUUUGCUGACU